AUGCUCUGGGGCGGCGACUACCCGUCAUGGAUGGUGCAGCAGUGGGUGCGCUUGGGCGACGUCGAAGACGAAGAGGAUGGAGGCACGGAUGAUGCGGUUGUGGCGGGCGAGUCCGGUGAGAGUAGCCCGACAGGCGCCAACAACGCCGAGACAGCGGACGCGACGGCACUCGGGCGCGAAGAAGAAAUCAAAAGGAUGGACGGCGAGAGUUUCGUCGAGCCUCAGCUGAGCGGCCACGGCGCCCAUCCGCCCCACCCACCGCCGAGUCGCCACAGUGAAGCGGAGAGGGUAGAAGCGGCGGCGAGUGCUGUUGUGAGUAGCAGCGACGCGCCGGUACCGGCGCCGUCACCGAGCUGGACGUUCAUGAUGCAGCAGGCGCUUGAGGCGCUGCAGCUCCACCUGCCGCUCCACCACAACUACCCCCCACCACAGCUGCAGCCGGCGUCCACUGGAGAGACGCCUGUCACGACCCUCGCCAGACACCUCGUACAGGAUGCCCCACUGCUGUGGCUGCGCUACCUACUUGUUCCUAUGUACACGCAGUGGACACAGCAGCGCGCUGCUGCCCCUCCUGCCGCAGACGCGGCGGCAACAACCACGACGGCACCAACACCGUCAUCGUCGUCGCCGUCCGCCACGACAGUCCUUGAGUGUGACGGCGCCGUCACCAUGCACGAGCUGCUCGGCGCUCUUGGCACAGCCAGCGUGCGCGAGGCACUGCGUAAGGAGCAGUCGUGGUCGGACGACCUCGUCAAGCUGGUGGCUGCCGCAGCAGCAGCGCCGCCAUCUGAGGCGUCAGCGACGCUGAAGGCAAUAGACGUACGCCGGGCGGCGAUGCGGGAUCAGCAGCGGCAACACACCGGGGAGAUAGUGUAUUUCACUGGCGCCCUUGCCAAGGCAGCGCAGUCCUUCAUGGUGCUCGGCCAAGGCGGCUACGCCAUCCUUGCCAGCCUCAUCAUACGACUGCUCGGCCGCGCGAGAGCUGCAUGGGCAGAGUGGGCGAGUCCGUUGACAGAGGCAGAGGUUCAGCGCGCAGCUCAGAUGGUAUACCGCUGCGGUGGUCACGAGAUGCGCGCCGACUGCGACAGCAGCAGCAGUGUGAAGGCAGAGGAGAAGGCGCCGGCGGAGAAGCGCAUCCGAGUUGAGCUACCACCGCGACGCGCCGCGCCGCGCACUGACGUCCCGCGCAUGACAGCUGUAGAGUCGUUCGCGGCUCUGCGUGCUGCCCUGAGCUCGGCGGCGCAGCGGCAGGCGCACCUGGUGUGGCGGUGCUGGUACAUCCUCUACGGCUACUACGGUGCGGACCUCUACACAAACGACGUGCUGGCCCGCACGUUGGAGGAGGAAGACCUGGAGAAGGCGGAUGUGCAUCGGAUGGCGGCGGCGCAGCAGGCGCACUGGCGUCGACUGCGGCUCGCUGCAGACGUGAAGCAGCACGCGCCAUCCGAGACGCACUGGCUGUGGUGCUCCACACUGCUCGCCUCCGUAGAGACGAUGCUGAUGGCGGCACUGAGCGGCAAUCGCGCCGACGAGCACGUGCCGGCCGGGGCAUGCGCCGGUGUGCUCACAACGGCAGCCACCGAUGUGCUACCGGCAUGCAUGACUGAACUCUUGUACAGACGGCUCCUGGAGGGUACCGUUCGUGCCUUCACUGCAGAGCUGCGCGACACGCUACGUGUGUACGGAGAGGCUGCCCUCGCCCUCCGCAGCGGCGGUCUGCACAGCUCCACCUUUGCGGACCCCUCCGCUCUGCAGGCGGUGGCGCACAACGUGGUGGCGCUGCAGGACGCAUUUUCGCAGUGCUUGGUUGCAUCUUUAGGGCAUGCACCCGCCGCCGCGAUGGGCCCGCAUCAGGGAAGGUCGACGCUGUGCACCCAGGCCGGUGUGUACCUAUGGCAGUUGUACCCAACGCUGCUGCGCGUGCAGGUACCGGAGGAGGCGUCGUGGAUGAGCACCACUGGCACAGAGCAGGCCGGCGACACCGUUGGAGCGAGCGACUCAGCCGAGGUGGCGGCUGGGCCGUUUGCCGCGCAGUUCAAGCGCCACUGGCGGCGGCGUGGGCGGCAUCUAUCCGCUGUAAUGACGGAUGCCUUCCACUGCAUGGAGCAGGCGUUGACGCAUGGGCGGCACCGCGCCACUUCGCCGCUGCCGCUGCCGUUGCCGUUGCUGAGCAGCACUGCAGCACCGACCACCGCGACCGCGGCAGUGUCGAAGUCGUGUGACGGCAGCGCGGGCGCCAACGACGACGUCCGUGGCUGGAACAACGCAGAUGAUGGCGCGGCCACGGCGCGUUUUCUUGCCGCCCUCGCGCACAGCCCUGCCGGCGGGGUUGCGGCGAGCAGCAGCAGUGCUAGCAACGACGCAUGGACUGCAGCGUUGUGCGACAUCGCCGCAGACUUCUACGCCGUGUACGACCAGAGCUGUUUCUUUAUUCUCCGCCCUGAACGGCAGCGACUCUUCACCCUCUCUGUGCGGCGGCUCUCCCACCUCCUGAUGGGCCCGCCAGAUGUAAGCUCCGCCAGCUCCUCUCCGUCCCUCGCCGCAGCGUCCGGCUCAGCCACAAGGACGACACCACCGCUCCCUCAGCAGCCCCUCGUGUGCCUCCUGCGUCGUGACACGCGCCUGUGGAUGCUGCUGACGCAUGGUGUGCUGCUGCAACUGGAGCGGCGAGGUCGCGUGGCGCGCGAGGAUGAGGCACUGCUCGCGUCGUACCUCCUGCCGCUCAUGACACUCUUAGGGAGUAGGCAGCACGAUGGAGAAGUCGAUCGGGGUAGCGCAGACAGCUUCUUACCAUGCAAUGCGACGGAGGGGUCGCCGGUGUGGGCAGACACCGCUGUCGCCGAGGAUAUCCUGUUGCUCCUUGCCAGCGGUCUCGCUUCGCUCCCGUGGGACUUGGAAGAGGUCUAUGUCACGGUGCAGCGGCACACCGCCCUGUGUCUGCGUCACUGCACGCGACACAGAGGGGGGCUAUCGACUAACAGGGCAGCGACGGUGACGGAGAUGGCAGCGUGGUUCGGUGCUGCCGAGCCUGCGAGCACGUCAGCGGCGCCAUCAUCCCCGACGACUGCUGUGGCCUCGCCGUGGGGUUUCUCUGGCGUCGCUGAGGUGGGCUCCCCAGCCGUGCGGAGCGACAGAGGUGCAGCAACCCUGGCUAGAGAGACAGCACAGAUCGACGCGCAGUGCCGCCGAGACAACCCGCUCCUCGCGCACCGCGGAGACGAAGCGGCGUCGGUCUCCGUUGCCGCUGGCGCCCGCAACCCCACGUUAACAGCGCCGUCCGGCCCUUCUGAGGACGCUGUAGACGCGCGCUUCGCUGCGGCUCUCGCCCGCCACGGGCAGCUCGCCUCCACCUCUCUCGCCUCAGCGCCGUGCGGGCUGCUGAUGGUGGUCGGUGCCUACCGCAGCUGCGGCCGCGCCCUUCACGGCCUCCGCGCUGCGCUGGAGGAGCAGCAUCGCAUGGCGCGUGAAGACGAGGUUGGCGAGUUCGUUGGCCGCACCGUCACCUUCUGCACUUCGGAGGACAUCGCCGCCUUCCGCGGUCUCGUGACGACGGUGCACAGCUGCGUCUUCGGCUAUGCCUGUCGGCCACGCGGGCUGCUGCGGCUAUGGCUGGGGUAUCUCCAGCACCUCUUCGACUGCGUGGUGCCGCGGUCGGCGUCGUCGUCGUCCGGGGACCCCCUGUGUACCGAGGGAGAGGACACGCUGGUGCUGAUGCCGAGCAGCUGGCAGCGGCGACACCACAUAACAACCUUGUUUGGUGCGCGGGUGUACCGCACCGGGUGGCGGGCGCUGCAGCACGACGGCGAGCCGGCGUCGCAGACGCGGCUGCGGGAGGUGCUGGGCGAGUGCUUGGCGGACCUCAUGUUGCUGCCCUACUCACACACUCGUGGCGGUGCCAACCGCCGUAAGAAUGAAGCGGCAGCGUCGACGGUGGCGGCUGAGCGCAUGGACGCGGCCGCCGCCACGCAGGCGGUUCUGCAGCGCACGUUACCUCACACUGUGCUGGAGAUUCUGUGCGAGCUGCUUCGCAUACCCGUUGAAGGCAACCGGGAUGGUGCGAGCGACGGGGAGAAGGUCGCCGCCGUGGACGCGGCUGGGAAGACCAUCGGAAAAAGUUUCCUCGGUCUCGAGGGGCUUCUCGCCUUCCUGCGUCGGCUGGAGCUCCUCGUGGCUCCUGGCAGCGUGCAGGACCGUCGCCUUAUCCACCUGCUGCGACGCGUGUACGAGGCAGCCGACGCGGCGGCGCUCGGCAUCUGA